AUGGGCAGCAGCCUCUGUAAGCGACCCAAGAUUGUAGAAUGUAGGUGUUCUGCGAAAGGACACAGCGGCGCUUCUUCUGGUUGUUUAAGACGCUGGCACCGCGCGGCGCGCUUCGCGGCAACCAUCGAUUGCUGCGAUGUACAUCAUACUCGACCGGUGAUAAUUAAACGACAAAAACCAGUGCUGGGCGACGAAACGAUGUUGACGCAGGCCGCAAGUGUGACGCGCAUCGACGGCUUGUGGAUGGCACAUAAACCCAGUGAACGCCUGACUUUCGCACAUAAUUCUGGCCGGAAGAGUGACCCCAUUAAUUUCGGAAAGAAAACGAACAAGGUCAAGCGAAUGCGAAAGCCCCGGCCAGCAGGAAUGCGCGAACACGCAUGA